AUGGUCCUCUCACGUCCGCUGCUGCUCUGCUUCUCGCUGUCAGUCGUCAGUGUAUCUGCAUCAGAUGAUUUUCCAAACUUGGGCAAAUACACUCAAGUAUGUGAACCCUACACCUGUAGGCCGAAGCGGGUCGUGGCUCCGCUCAAAGACUUUGAGUUUACAGCCAAUGGCUGCGGCACGUCGAUGCCCGUCACAGCUAAUUUAGAAAUUAUAGAGUGCUGUAAUUGGCAUGACGCGUGCUACAGCGUGUGCGGGAUGCCAAAAGCGAACUGUGAAAACCGCUUUCGAACGUGCAUGAAGGCGAAAUGCGACGAGGUGGCGGACCCCACACAGCGUCUCGACUGUUUCUCGGCUGCCCGUAUCCUAUACAUUACCGCAAAUAUGAUGGGGUGUCCAGCUUUCCACGAUGCACAGAAAAAAGCGUGCGACUGCGUGUCACCGAAAGACGUGGCAGCUGCUACACGCGACCGUCUUGAAUACUUUCUCCAAGUGAAUGGCGCUUCGGAAGCGGAGCUCUCGGACAAGGCGCUUGAUGCGCUACUAGCCAAGUACAAGGGGCGGGAACACACCUUGUUCCUGCGACUGCUGAAGAGGUACCCGGACGCGCUCAAAUUGGACCUGGAAGAGUUAGGCUUUGUUGACAGCAUUGCUCGAGAUCUUGACGCGGGUGCCAAGGAGAUGGAGAAGGAAGAGAGACUCAAUCGUGCGGCGGACGAGUCUGUAGACGAACACGAAGAGCUCUAG